AUGGAAGCAUCCCACGAGCCAAACUCAGAUGACGAGAGCGCGGUCUUGUCGGAUAAAUUCGAAUGGCGAGAAACCCCAUUGACAUCACAGCCAGGACAACAGCAAAGUCAACUGGAUGGGAUGACAUCACUUCCAAUGGGAAGAACAGAGUCGGGUUAUCUGGGGCCUAGCUCUGGAACCAGUCUCCUUCGAACAAUCUCAGACUUGAUUCCAGAGAACACAGAGUCAGGAACUGGUCAACCAGAGAACACCUCGCCUGCAAACACCAAUUCAACGGAGAGCCCAGCUCUAUCGAUAGACCUUGGGAACGCAGCGACUUUCGAUAAUUUGAUCGGUGCUUAUUUCAUGGAAACUACCUCCAAAAAAGGAGAUCGCCCAAAUACAGGAUACAACUUCAUUGGCAUUGCUUAUAGGAUGGCUCUUGGCUUGGGUCUGCAUCGUGAACCCCCCGGAGCAGCAUCAGCAGACACGUUGUAUAAUGAACAACGAAGUGUUGUUUGGUGGAUCACGUAUUGCUUUGAUAGUGGCCUUAGUUUGACGACCAGGAGACCCUUGAACGUUUCGGACUCGUUUAUCGAGACCCGCUUGCCACGAAACAUUGACGACUCUGUACCUCAAGACAAGGCUUUACCGACUUUAGCACGAUUGAUGUCUAUUGGCAAUGUGGUCUUCAACGAACUGAUUUCUUCGAUUAAUCAAGGUGCUUGGGACCUCAAGGUUUCUCGAUCCAUCGAUUGCCAAUUCAAAGCAUGGAAAUUAUCACUGCCCCAAUAUUUCACGGCUCAGGACAUCCCAGUUGGUUCCGCGGACCACGAGCAAUCGUUAUGUGGAAAGAGCAGAAUCUACGAGAUGCUGUGGUGGGGAUGCCAGCGCAAGUGCAAUCAACCUUUGGACAGAGAAGAAGCACAAAACAUGUGUCAUUUCGCGGCAGUCGAAACAAUCCAAGAGAUCGCCAAUUUCUGUCAAAACAACCAGUAUAGCUUCCACACCGGUCUCAGCUAUAGUAUUCAGGAUCGGUUCCGUCCUAAAGAAAUGCCACAAAUGGCGAGACGCUUUGGAAAAUCUAUUCUCAGUGGAGGAAUCGUGCAUAUCAGCGUGGGCGCUGAUGAAAUUCCAUUUGAUGUGCAUUUGGAGUUGUUGUGCGACGGCUCCCCCUACUUCGAUUCCUUAUUUAAAGACCGAAGUGAGAGACCUAUUUCGGAAGACCCCCUUCAGUUUCCAGACGAUGAUCCAGACACAUUCUCUGAAUUUCUGGGUUGGAUGUAUCAAGGGGAGAUUUCCAUCGAGUUAGCUACUCCGAAACGUAUGCGCAACUUGUUUCAGCUCUGGGUUCUUGCUGGCAAAUUCGAAGUUCCUACACUACAAAACAACGUUAUUCAGUGCUGCAAAGUCGGUCUAGAUAAAAAUUCUUAUGCUAUCUUUGGGUGCGACACGAUCAAAUACGUUUAUACUCACACGUUGCCCAAAUCACCACUACGCUUGCUUCUGGUCGACAAUUGGACGCAAAACGCAACCAAAACGCGCUUUUUAAACCGACAAGAAGAACUACCUCCUCAGUUUCUCAAUGACCUCUGCUGCGCCUUGAUUGAAGAAAAAGAACGUCGAACGGAUACACCUACUGGAUAUAUGGAUUCGGUGGAACGCUAUUUUGUGCCUGAAGCGGCUGAUAACAAAAGAGAGCCCUUUACACAAGCAGGGGACGACCCAGGUACUAUCAAAACUGCAACCCGUGAACAAAUAAGAAACAGGAAAAUCCUCCCCUUGGGUCACGCAUACAAAACAUCUUCUGCUAGUCCUCAUUCAAGUGAGGGUGACCGAAAGAGUGAGAUAUAG